CAUUUGCAUAUUCGUGAUUGGUCAAACCCCGCCAACCCGGUAUUCCUAGGGACAAUGGCGGAUGUUCUCUAGGUGGAACUAAGACAUCCUCACGAACAACACGCGAUUCUUCCUCAUGGCAGAAGUACAGAGUGGAGUGGACAUACCUUCGAAUCCGGACCCUGUCAGUAGCAGCACGUCCUCCCACCAGUCGGUGCCCCCUAGCGCCCAGCCAGAGGAACUGCAGGGAGCCACUGCGGCCCAGAGCCCAGGGAACAUGGCCGUCCCCACGCCUGCUGCUGCCGGUGCUAGUCCCGCCACUCCCACACCCCCACAGCCCAGGAAGAAGACUCCUGCUGACUUCAAGUUCGGCAGGAUACUGGGAGAAGGGUCCUACUCCACAGUUGUUUUGGCAAAGGAUGUCAAUACAGGAAAGGAAUAUGCAAUUAAGAUUCUGGAGAAGAGGCACAUCAUCCGAGAAAAGAAGGUUCCGUACGUGACGCGGGAGAAAGACGUCCUCAGCAGACUCAAUCAUCCCUUCUUUGUCAAGCUGUACUUCACCUUCCAGGAUACUGAGAAGCUGUAUUUUGGUCUAAGUUAUGCCAAGAACGGUGAGCUGUUGCCGUAUAUCCAGAAGCUGGGUUCCUUUGACGAGGAGUGCACCAGAUUUUACACGGCUGAAAUUAUCCUGGCUCUGGAACAUCUGCACGGACUGGGCAUCAUUCACAGGGACUUGAAACCAGAGAACAUCUUGCUGGAUGAGCACAUGCACAUUCAGAUCACAGACUUUGGAACAGCUAAGAUUCUAGACCCUGGUAACAACCAAGCGCGGGCCAACUCUUUUGUAGGAACUGCACAGUAUGUUUCGCCUGAGCUGCUCACAAACAAAGCUGCUUGCAAAAGCUCAGACCUGUGGGCAUUGGGCUGUAUUAUCUACCAGAUGGUGUCAGGGCUGCCACCAUUUCGCGCUGGGAAUGAGUACCUAAUAUUCCAAAAGAUUCAGAAGCUAGAGUAUGACUUUCCUGAUGGCUUCAACUCUAAGGCUCAAGACUUGGUGAAAAAGCUACUGAUUUUGGAGCCGACAGAGCGGCUGGGUUGCGAGGAGCGAGGCGGCUACCCCAGCCUGAAGGGCCACCUGUUUGUGGAGGGGAUAGAGUGGGACACCCUGCCCCACCGGACCCCCCCUCGACUGCUCCCCUACCUGCCAGCUAACUCCCCAGACGCACAGGACCUGCGCAGUGACUUUGUCAGUGCCAAGGAGUUUGACAAGCGACUGGAUGACAUGUCAAUAUUCUGUGACCUCCACGGACUCGAGAUCUCGUCCGAGCUGAAACAGAAGGAAGCAUCGGCCAUGGAGAACGUCGUUCAGGAGAGAAAAAGCAGCGCAGAAAACACGCCAAAGGUGGUGAAGCCGAAGUAUCGCAUCCUGCCGCACAACAACAGACUAGAACUCAACAUAGAUAACGAAGAGAGGCAGAGGAUCGUGCAGAAACAAAGACGAGAAAACAAGUGGCACCAUUUUGUAGAGGGUAAUAUCAUCUUGAAGAUGGGCCUCACAGACAAGAGAAAGGGUCUGUUUGCGAGAAGAAGACAACUACUCCUGACAGAAGGGCCACACCUGUACUAUGUAGAUCCUGUUAACAUGGUGCUGAAGGGAGAGAUACCUUGGUCACCUGAGUUGAGACCAGAAGCCAAAAAUUUCAAGACUUACUUUGUCCACACGCCUAACCGAACGUACUACCUAGAGGACCCAGACGGCUACGCGCUCCAGUGGUGCAAAAAGAUCGACGAGGUCCGAAGAGCUGCUUACCCCGAAAUCAACCACGACGACGAAAAGAGAUAACAACUUUGGUCUUGCCCGUCCAUUCGUUCCCUCGCAAUACAGAAAUGUACGUUAUGCAGAGAACUUCCAUUCCUACUACAACUACACCUACAUGUACAUUUAACAGGGAUGCCCAUUCUAGCACUGAGCGCUAACCUGGCUUUUAGAUAGCCUCCGUAGCAGGCUUAUAGAACUGGGGGUUUGGUGGUCUUCGGCUGUUUUCUGAUUUGCUCAGUUCUAAAAACGGAGGUAAUUCAACCAGGCCGGCUAUGUUGUCUAUAUGCAUUCAGAAAAUAGCACAAAAAAGAUCCAAAAGGCCCUGAAGACCCCAAAACCCCAAGUUUUUGGCAUGCUAUGGAGGCUAGCUUUUAGAGAGGUCCACUGGCCUGUUAAUUGGUAAAAGAAACUAGAAGCAAUGCUUAAAUCUAAAGGAAAUAAAAGUAUGUUGUUCUACCACUAAAAGUGCUUGGGUAAUUCAUCCCAGCAGAGCAAUACGUGGCAAAAAUGGCUGUCAGCUUUUUAGGAACGUUGCUGCUUGAGUAAGUCAGCAACAACUUUGUAUAUUAGACAAGAAAAGUGUGCAGGGGCCUAAAAAUGUGAGGUUAUCAACAUUUUAGAUGCAAGACUGGGUAUUAUAAAACAGUACACCUCUUUCGAUAUUAUGACUAGUUCGUACUCUUCCAAGCUCAAACAUCUAGACCUGGGUGGCUGUUGUUGUCUGGAUUUGGCUGUAAAAAAAGGGAUGCCAGAAAGGCAAAGAAAAAGCAGUUUUAUCUCAGUUAUAUCUCAGUUAACAUGCUGUGUAAAAACAUGAAAGUCUGGCAUGCACGGGCAAUGGCAAAGAAAUUUUGGAAAGUAUCUUGUUUUGGCUUAACCAGGAACUUUGAGCGCACUAAGUCUUGUCUCUGAAGCACAUAGGUACAACCUGUCAACACUCAUCAUCUUUAUUUGCUAACAUGAAGGAGUCGUGUCUUGUUGUUUGGUUUCUUGUUCUGUUACGGUAGUCAGGCAUACAAAUCUACUCAUUUGCAGGUUUUGGACAGCUGUGUUCGUCACUAGGUCAAUCUUAUUGUAUCUCAACCUUAGGUUGUCUGUUGUAUCGUGUGUCCAGAGUACCUACGCUUACAUACCUCACAACACAUACACGUACGUUUUCCAGACAGAUAAUAAUGCUUGAACACUAUCAGCCACCGAGGGUUACAUGUAGCUAUAGGCUACCUCAUGCACUCUACAAAACUCAGAAUAUCACUACAGUUACAUGUAUGUACCUAUAUGUAGUUGGUCAGCAGAACGUACUGCACUUGUGUGAAAGCAGGUUGCUCACCGUUUUUGUUGCUUGUUUGGUCAACGGUGCAUCUUAAUUUUGCCUGUUACGGACGAUAUCUUUUCCAACACAACACUUGAAAACUACAUGUAUAGACAAGAUGUCAUCCUUAAAUAUGCGAAUACUAUGUAACCUUAUACAAGAUGUUCUGCUGAAGUGCUGUACACAAUACAUUGCAGGUUUAUCACAGGCGCAUUAUGUUCUGCUGACAUGCUUUGAUAAUAUGUACCUCCAUAUAGAAGACUACCUCUUUGUCUGAGACACUCCUGGCCAACCUUUGCUUUCACAGUCACAGUUUUGCUUUUUUUUAACUCGUCAUUUUUUGCUAAAGAGAUAAACUUUCUCUAAUGCUCACAAUGGCACAUGUCGCUUUUUUUGGGGGGGCAACAUCUCAUGAGCGGAGCCUAUGUGUUUGUUUUUUAAAUGCAGACAAUAACUGGUCUACUUAUUUUAAUGCUUGCACUGUUCAUCAGUGAAUGAAGGUUGAGCACUUUUGAACCAGAUUUCAGACUAGCAUGGCCUGCAGAGCUUCAAACAGCCAUCUUUCUACAGUGAAGUUAGACUUAGUGUAAUCGCUCCACCCUGCAUGAGAAUUCCCGGAUAAAACUUUGAGGGGUUGAAAAAAGUCUAACUGCAGAAAAACUGAAGAUUUAUGUUUUGCAGAAACUGUAAGAAAAAAAAUCCAAGAGAAAUUUUGUGGUUGUACAAUUUUAAGCUGGCUAGAUGGGAUCCCAACACUUUUAUUAGGGAACAGUUAAAAUAAGCUGCUACAUGGUUUGAGCUGUGCAUUUGUGGAGUGAUGCGUUGUAGAAAAUAAGACUAAGGCCCCCUGAGAUAAAAAAAAAACACGUCUGAUCAUGGUACGUUGUACCAAGCAAGCAUGAUAGAGAACAACUGUCAACAAAUUAGGGGCCUUCUUGCUCUUGACCUCCCACAUAUACAGUUUAAACUCUGAAACAGCUUAUAAGAAGGUGAUAGCCAUUUAAACAUAAACAUAUUAGAGAGAGAGAAAUCUGAUACAAAAUGUAGAAACUUGCAAUAAAACUCUAUAACGUCUCGCUGACAAACAAAAACCAUGAUUAGGCCUUGCCCUUAUGUGAAAUAUGUGUGUAUAAUGUUGGUAAUCCUCUUGUACAAUGUAACUAAGGUAAUGCGUUUGCAGUUUUCAAACUAUAGAAUGUACUGUAUAAGUUAUGUCAGAAAUGUUAUAUGAAUGCUGGAUUGAUUACGUGGCUGUCGUGGCAAGAAGAAAACAAUCCUAUAAUGUUGUGCUUAUGUGUUUUAGGAGUUGAUGGUAAAUCCGAGCUAGUAGAUGUAUCCAUUGCUCCAGUUCCUUUAGUCCUUUUGUAUGUGUAGUUUGGUACACAUGUAUAUUGGUGGCUCCUCGAAUCGACCCAAGUCUGACUUCAGUGUACUCUUUUGAUCGCUUGCCCCAUUGCAUUAUAUGUUUUUUGUGAAAAAAGGAUCAUUAUUUUGACAUGUGGAUAUUGGCCUGAAAUGCUAGCAAGAGCUCGAUGCUAUAGGCUGACAUCUUACAUUUCGAUGCCUGUCAGACAUCUUCAGAGCUUCUGACUAGAGGCAUCGAAACGAAACAAACACUACUGGUUGUGUAAGAAGAAAAUCCCUACAUCCUAUGUUCAACCAAUCUGAUGAAAUUGUUUUUGAAAGCCCUUGUUUCAGUCUUGCCCAUGAUUCUUGGUCACACAACUUUUCGUUUAUCUAAGAAAAAGGUCCGUUAAGAAAAUAAGACUGUCAAGAGUGUAUUGGAAUUCUUAACUAGACACUGGUGCGUGCUGUACAGCAUUAAGGACACCCCCGCACAUUGAAUGAGACAGGCCGAAAACUGUAAGAAAUAGAGCAAAUACAAACUGGCUGUGAUUGUAGAGUGAGGGACAUUCCAAAUGUACACGUUACAUGCAGUUAGCCACAAUUUUUGUUGUUCAAUGGCUGUGUACUGUGUAUUCGAUAGCUUGUUAUACACAUACAGGUUGUAUGGUCCUUGUUUUACAGUUAUUGAGUUGAAUCCAUGUCUAAUAUACUGUCACUUUGUACCCACUAUUAUGCUGUGGAUGGUCCCAGUUAGUUACAGGUUUGCCUGUGAAAAAAAAAACUUGUUCUGUUUUAGCCCACCAUCCAUGGAGGCGGCCAUCUUGUUUUGGAGGCGGCCAUCUUGUUUCAUCUAUUUUCAUGUUGUGCACAGUUUAAUGGUAUAUGGGAAUGAAAAAGAGAAAAACGACAAAAAAUGUUGGUAAUUAUUUUCAGUAAACUGUAUUAUGUAUGGAGAACUUGUGUGUAAACAUUACCAGCUGUGUAUUUAAUGUCUAGAGAGUUGAAAUUUGGAAGAAAAAAAUGUAUGCUAUGCUAUGCUGUUUUAGCUUUUGAAAUAUCGCAGUAGCAUGAUUGUAUUGUUGAGUUUUGGAGUUUUCUUGUGGCUGGAUCUCAUAACUGUUCUAUAAUUUUAUUUUGUUGUUUUGAAGAAUGAUGGAGUUUCGGAACUGCAGUUAAACAACUUAAAUCAAUAUAAUUGCCCACAUUUAAAUGCCAUCAAAAAUGUUAUUCAAGUUUGUUGAAUACAUCCAGAAAUUUUAACUUAGUUUGAAAAGAAUCCAGCCACAAAGAAAGCACAAUAAAAGAACUCCAUAUUGAAUAUAGCUGAAACGGGUUCAGAUAUAGAUUUUAUGUGGUACUUAAUGUUAAGUAAUGAAACGUACAUGUAUGUCACUCUGUUGAUGACACUUGUGUGCUCUACGUGUAUAUCAAUGACUUCUGUCUAUGGCGAUAUGUGAUAUUACAGUUUAUAUUGGGACGAUGAAGAUCAAUUAAAAUAUGCCACUGCUUCCCUUU